AUGUCACAAUCCGACCGGCUCCCCCUCGGACAGCAAAUGCUGCGCGGCGCAGGCAUCGGGCAAGCAAUCGUCGCAUUUCCGAUCUGCCUCUUCCUCGGCGCCUCAGCCUAUUAUGUCAUGCUUGAGCAACGAUCCCACUGGCUUGUCUAUUACUUCUUCCGUGACAGCGUCAGCGCCAUCAUGGCGGCCGGCAUCAUCUUCUCCGUCUAUGUUCAGCGCAAAGCCGUCAUCUCGCUGUACCAGUAUCUUCUUUUCGAGGCGGCGAAGUCCCUGCUGGCGACGGGGCUGUGGCUCUGGCUCAUCCUCGAUGCAGCAUAUGGACCGUGGCAGGAUGAAUGCAAGUCAAAUCCGUAUGUGCGGCCUUGCGACGUGAGUGCCAGGGUGAGUCGCGCGGCGUUGGCGAGUGUGGUGUUACUGUAA